AUGGUGGAAUCUUAUCCGAGAUAUCUGUCCCUACUUAUGUUGGAAACUGUGUGUUUGUACUCAGAUGAACCCUUACGUGACACUGAGGGACCUAGAGGCUAUCUAACUAAUGUUGGUGGUGAAGGUGUUGAUGUUGACCUUGGUGUAGAGGGUGAGGCUGUUAACUUAGGUGGAGAAGGUGAGGCUGUUAACCUAAGUGGAGAAGGUGAGGCUGUUAACCUUGGUGGUGAGGGUGUUGAUGUUAACAUUGGUGAAGAGGGUGUGGAUGAUAACCUAGGUAGAGAUGGUGUGGAUGAUAACCUAGGUGGAGAAGGUGAAUCUGAUUUCUUGAGUAGUGAUUCAGAUCUAUAUAUACCUUCAGAAGAUGUUGGAGAGGCUGGUGGUAUAGAUAGAGACUUUGAGGAUAUUGGAAAAAAUAAAACUGACAAAUAUGCAGAAAAAUUAGGUGGAGAUGAGGAUUAUAUUGAUAGCUCAGACUGUUGGAGUGAUGAACAACUAGAUGUGGAUGUUGUUAGGGGAGUAGAUAUACCUACUAGAAGGAGAAGCAAAAAAAGUGCAAAUCAGUUCAGGAAAGCAGUGGUAGAUUAUGCUGUAGAGUACAGGAGGCAGAUAAAGUUAAGACCUAAUGAAAAACAUAGAGUGAGGGUGAAGUGCAAAAAUGCUAACUGUAAGUGGUUGUUAUAUGCUUCCAUUCACAGGGACUCAGGUGAUUUCAUUAUGAAGAACUAUCAUCCUGUUCACAAGUGUAUUCCAUUAAACAGGAACAAGUUGUGUAAUUCAAAGUUAAUUGCUAGAAAGUUUAAGGAUAGAAUUGUAUCUCAACCAUACAUAAGGAUUUGGGAAAUUCAAGAUUUGGUUAGAAAGACAUUGGGUCUUUAUGUUGGUAAGACUCUUUGUUACAGGGCUAAACAGAGGAUUAUGAAGGAAAACAUGGGUGAUUGGAAAGUGGAAUUUGCCAGAUUAUGUGACUAUGCAGAUAUGAUCAAACAAACCAAUCCUGGAAGCUCUUGUUGGGUAAAAAUUGAUAAGGAAACUGAACCAGGAAAGAACCUUUUUGUGUAUUUUUAUGUGUGCUUUCAUGCAUUUAAGCAAGGAUGGUUGGAGGGGUGUAGGAAUAUAAUUGGAUUUGAUGGUUGUUUUCUUAAGGGAGCUUGUAAAGGUGAGCUAUUAGUUGCUGUUGGAAAGAAUGGGAACAAUCAAAUGUAUCCCAUUGCCUGGGCAGUUGUGGAUACAGAAACAAAACAUAGUUGGAGCUGGUUCAUAAGGUAUUUAAUUGCUGAUCUAAACUUGGGAACUGGUGAAGGUUUGACUGUAAUGUCAGAUAUGCAAAAGGGACUUAUUCCUGUCUUGUCAGAGUUGUUACCAAAUGCUGAGAAAAGGAUGUGUGCUAGACAUAUAUGGAGUAACUGGCAUGUGAACUGGAAAGGAGAAGAAAGAAGGAAACAGUUUUGGAGAUGCUCAAAGGCCUCAUUUGAAGUCAAGUUUGGAGAAGAAGUUCAUGCAAUGUCCAAGCUAGGUAAGAAGGAAAUAGCAGAGGACUUGCUACAUUAUGAUCCCAGAAAUUGGUCUAGGGCCUUUUUCCAAACUAACUCCAAGUGUGAUGUUGUAGAAAAUAACAUGUGUGAGACUUUCAAUUCUUGGAUCUUAGCUGCUAGACAUAAAUCAAUUAUUACCAUGUUAGAGGAUAUUAGGCAUAAAAUGAUGAACAGACAUAUAGACAUGAUCAAAUUUGCUGAAACAUGGAUAUCAGACAUUGCACCUAUGACAAGGGCAAUACUAGAAAGAAACAAGGAGUAUUCAAAUAAUUGUAAUGUUCAAUGGAAUGGGUUGAAUGGUUUUGAGAUUAGUGAGGGGGAAUAUUCAUUUGUUGUUGACUUGGAGAAGAAACAUUGUGACUGUAGGUUGUGGAUGUUGAGAGGUAUUCCUUGCCCUCAUGCUAUUUGUGCUUAUUAUUACUUGAAUCAAGAUCCUGAUCAACAUGUAGAGCAUUGGUAUAAGAAGGAAACAUUUCUCAAGGCUUACAUCCAUUUUAUCCAACCUAUUCCCAAUAUGAGGAUGUGGCCUAAAACUACAAAUCCAUCAAUAGAGCCUCCAAAACCAAGAAAAAUGCCAGGCAGACCUGGCAAGAAGAGAAGAAAGAGUAAGGAUGAGCCAAAAAAAUGGGGGAAACUUUCAAGAAAAGGAGUAAAGAUGACAUGUACCAUAUGCAAGAAAACUGGUCAUAACAAAGAUGUGUGUGCAAGAGUAAGUAAUACUUCAUAUUCACAUUUGUAA